GGCCGCUGAGGGCGGCGAUGGCCGGGCCGGGCCCGGGGCUACUCCGAGGGGCUGCUCCGCGCCUUCCCCCGGCGCCGUGCUAGGGACAGACAGGCCCUGCCUCCCGCCAGAUCCCCUCUGCAAGCAGCGCUAGUUUAACUUAAAUAUCUCCUGGUGAAAUUGGUUUCCUCGCCUCGGUUUGUUGUCGCGUCCCCAGAGCGGGAGAUGAGCGGCGACGUCAGGGGCAGGGGAUGCGCCCGAGGCAGAGGCUCCCCGGGGUGGCGAGGAGGAUGGAGAGGAGGAGGAUGGCGAGGCAGAGGACAGAAGGGAGAGCCCAAAAGGAUGCCCGAACCUGCAAAAUCUCGACUAGUCCAAUCAACGAUGGACCAAUUUAUUCCCUAUAAGGGCUGGAAACUUUAUUUCUCUGAAGUUUACAAUGACAAGUCUCCUUUUGUCCAGAAGACUCAAGCCUUUGAAAAGUUUUUCAUGCAGCGCAUUGAGCUUUAUGACAAGGAUGAAAUAGAAAGAAAAGGAAGCAUUCUUGUGGAUUAUAAGGAGCUAAUCCAGGACAGAGAGCUGACUAAAUCAAUACCAAAUAUAUCUGCUGAACUAAGGGAUAUGCCUCAGAAAAUACUGCAGUGUAUGGGCCUGGCCAUUCAUCAGGUCCUCACCAAGGACCUGGAGAGACACGCAGCAGAGCUGCAGGUGCAGGAGGGAUUGCCCCUGGAUGGGGAACCUAUCAUAAAUGUGCCUCUCAUCCAUGCCAGGGUGUACAACUAUGAGCCUCUAACCCAGCUGAAAAACGUGAGGGCCAACUGCUAUGGCAAAUACAUCGCCCUGCGCGGCACCGUGGUGAGGGUCAGCAACAUCAAACCCCUGUGCACCAACCUGGCCUUCGUCUGUGCCACCUGUGGGGAUGUGCAGGGUGUUCCUCUCCCUGAUGGGAAGUACACCCUUCCCACCAAGUGCCUUGUUCCCGAGUGCCGGGGCCGGUCCUUCACAGCUGACAGGAGCUCUCCUCUAACCACCACAGUGGACUGGCAGUCUGUCAAGGUGCAGGAGCUCAUGUCGGACGACCAGCGGGAAGCAGGACGGAUCCCGCGCACCAUCGAGUGCGAGCUGGUGCAGGAUCUCGUGGACAGCUGCGUCCCAGGAGACAUGGUCACAAUCACAGGCAUAGUCAAGGUGUCAAGCACUGAGGAAGGAGCUUCUAAAAAUAAGAAUGACAAGUGUAUAUUCUUAUUGUACAUUGAGGCAAACUCUGUCAGCAACAGUAAAGGACAAAAACUGAAGAAUUUUGAUGAUGAGACUUUCCAGAGAUCGUUCAUGGAGUUUUCCCUUAAAGACCUCUAUGCUAUCCAAGAAAUUCAAGCUGAGGAAAACCUGUUCAAGCUCAUUGUGAACUCUCUCUGUCCUGCAAUUUAUGGCCAUGAGAUUGUGAAGGCAGGUUUGGCCCUGGCCUUGUUUGGAGGAUGCCAGAAGUUUGUGGAUGACAAGAACAGAAUCCCAGUGCGAGGAGAUCCACAUGUUCUGGUUGUUGGAGAUCCUGGAUUAGGAAAAAGUCAAAUGUUGCAAGCCGUGUGUAACAUCGCUCCUCGAGGUGUGUAUGUUUGUGGUAAUACUUCCACCAGCUCUGGCCUGACUGUUACACUGUCCAAAGAUGGCACUUCUGGAGAUUUUGCCUUGGAAGCUGGUGCCUUAGUGCUUGGAGAUCAAGGAAUUUGUGGAAUAGAUGAAUUUGAUAAGAUGGGAAACCAGCACCAGGCUUUGUUGGAAGCCAUGGAACAGCAGAGCAUCAGCCUGGCCAAGGCUGGCAUUGUUUGCAGUCUGCCAGCUCGGACAUCCAUUGUUGCUGCAGCAAACCCCGUUGGAGGACAUUAUAAUAAAGCCAAAACUGUGUCAGAGAACCUAAAGAUGGGGAGUGCUCUGCUGUCAAGAUUUGAUCUGGUGUUCAUCCUGCUGGACACGCCGAACGAGGACCACGACCACCUGCUGUCCGAGCACGUGAUGGCCAUGCGGGCCGGCUGGCGCGCAGCCUGCAGCAGCGCCCUGGUCACCCGGGCCAGCUCCCAGGAGCACUCUGUCCUCCAGGCCACCUCUGACCGACCCCUGCUCGAGAGGCUCAAGAUCUCAACAGGAGAAAACUUUGAUGCCAUUCCCCAUCAGCUGCUGAGGAAGUACGUCGGAUAUGCUCGGCAGUAUGUGCACCCAAACUUAUCUCCAGAGGCUGCACAAGUCCUCCAGGAAUUCUACCUCGAGCUCCGGAAACAGAACCAAGGAGCAGACAGCACCCCAAUCACCACGAGGCAGCUGGAAUCCUUGAUCCGACUGACAGAGGCACGAUCAAGGCUGGAAUUAAGAGAGAAAUCUACCAAGGAAGAUGCUGAGGAUGUAAUAGAGAUAAUGAAAUACAGCAUGCUGGGGACCUACUCGGAUGAGUUUGGAAAAUUGCACUUUGAGCGUUCCCAGCACGGGUCUGGGAUGAGCAAUCGGUCCCAGGCCAAGAGAUUCGUGUCUGCCCUGAACAGCAUUGCAGAGAGGACCUACAACAACCUCUUUGACCUGCAGCAGCUGCGGCACCUCGCCAGGGAGCUGCAGAUACGGGUUUCUGAUUUUGAUAGCUUUAUUGGAUCCCUAAACGAUCAGGGUUAUCUUUUGAAAAAAGGUUCAAGAGUUUAUCAGCUUCAGACCAUGUGAGGAGUCACUGUGAUGAACUUCCUUGGGAUGAUCAUUCCCCUGCACUGACUGGAGCUGCGGCAGGAAGGCACAUCCUGAGCUGAGCUGCACCUGGCACAGCACUGGGCUUUGCUGGGCUGGAGGCUCCCCUGCAGACAAUUAAAUUGGAAAGCUGCAACAGGACAAACUGACACAUGGCAUUGCUGGCUGGCUCAUUCUGCAGCUCUGCUGUUCCAAAUGGGACUGUGCAGGGCUGAAAUGCACCUCAUCCUCCUCCAGCAGUGGAAGGUGUGAUUUUACACUAUCACAGUGCCAUAAGGGACUUUACUUCUAAGAGAUGCUGGACCCACAAAUUUCAGGCCAGAAAUCUUUCAUGAGAGGAUGAUAAGAGCUGCACUUUUACCACUCUAGUUCAUUGAGAGUCUAGAAAUGUUUCCAAAAGGUUGUGACAACUCUUUUAUAGCUGUUACCAAAUGACACUUUACUGAAACUGACCUGAUUUUCUGCUUUGAAAUGUGGUUUUUGAAGCCAAAGUUUUAUUUGAAAUGCAAGUCUGAUUUAAGAAAAUAUCCUUAUUAAAAUAUUUAAUUUGUAAAGUAGGGGUUGGAUUUUGACUUUCAUUAAACUUUAUAUAUGAGAAAUAUUAUUUGUUCAAGGUUGUUUUAAUGGCUAUUAGAAGACCAACAGGUUCUGUUUGUUUCUGUGUAACUGUUCCUGACAGCACAAGGUGUGUUCAGCAGGAGUGAAGGGCUGAAUGUUUCCUGACUUUGAAUCAGAAUCAUGGUCUGGUG